GCUGUACGCCUGCUCUAAAUGUGAGAGCACCGCACUGAGAAAUGUAAACUACGGUUAGUAGAGCCAGGCCAGAGCUGUGAGGAGACUUUUUCAGUCGCUAUCCAGAUUGUGCGCACCUACCAACGCAUUUCAGAGUCGUGUAGUCACCCUGCUAGUUUCGUAUUACUCACAUUCCAAGUCUCCUUUUCACCUUUAAUUGUAGGGCCCUCGGCAGGAGCAGGAGUGGCUUUUGGUGACCUCAGGGUGCGCCCUGAGCGGCUGACACGCAGAGCUGCGUAAUGAUCGAAGGAGAGCGCAUAGGUGGGAUCUGGGACAAUGGGUGUGUAGCGACGGUACACACAACCAAACAGCCAAAGAAGAACAUCGCCUAGACUUCUUCUUCUUCUUCUUCUUGCUUUCUUUUAAAAAUAAAAAUAAGAUGUCUAAGCGAGUCAGACCCGGCUAUUGCCGGCAAGAAGUCAACAAAACCUCAUGGGAAGUGCCGGAGCGGUACCGGGACCUGAAGCAGGUGGGGACCGGAGCGUACGGGACGGUAUGCUCAGCAGUGGACUCCAGAACAGGAGCCAAAGUGGCAAUCAAAAAACUGUACCGACCUUUCCAGUCCGAGCUCUUCGCAAAACGGGCCUACAGGGAACUGAGGCUUCUCAAACACAUGAGACAUGAGAAUGUGAUUGGCCUAUUAGAUGUGUUUACUGCUGACCUCUCCCUGGACAGAUUCAAUGAUUUUUAUCUGGUGAUGCCAUUCAUGGGGACAGAUCUGGGGAAGCUGAUGAAGCUGCAGAGACUGUCCGAAGAAAAAAUUCAGUAUUUGGUUUAUCAGAUGCUCAAAGGGCUUAAGUAUAUUCAUUCAGCUGGUAUAAUUCACAGAGACCUCAAACCAGGAAAUAUCGCCAUCAACCAAGACUGUGAGCUCAAGAUUUUGGACUUUGGUUUGGCGCGGCAGGCCGACAGUGAGAUGACUGGGUACGUGGUGACUCGCUGGUACAGAGCCCCAGAGGUCAUCCUGAGCUGGAUGCACUACACUCAGACUGUGGACAUUUGGUCUGCGGGCUGCAUCAUGGCAGAAAUGCUGCAAGGAAAACCUCUUUUUAAAGGCAGUGACCACCUAGAUCAGCUGACUGAGAUCAUGAAAAUCACAGGAACACCAACUCAGGAAUUUAUAUCAAAACUAGAAUCUGAGGAUGCCAAAAGCUACAUCAGAAGUCUUCCAAAAGUGGAAAAGAAAGACCUUCAGAAGGUGUUUUCCACAGCUAAUCCACAAGCCGUGUCUGUGCUGGAGCGUAUGUUAUUGCUGGAUCCGGAGAGCAGGGUAACCGCCACAGAGGCUCUCACGCUGCCGUACUUUGCUGAGUUCAGAGAACCGGAGGAGGAGACGGAAGCCCAGCCGUAUGACCAUUCGCUAGACAACACAGACCUGCCGCUGGACCAGUGGAAACGUCACACCUUCACAGAGAUCUUGACUUUCAAACCAGUUGUGCCAGAAUCCAAGGAAACCUCACUGUAAAACACAAAGAGAUGGCUGUGUAGCCUGGGACCAGAACAAACCGACAUGUCUUUUUAUCUUCAGCACAAGUGGGAAAACUCUUUUAUCACAAGGCUUAAUGAAGGCCCACAGACUUCGUUCUGUUUUAAGCACAAGCUGCUGUGUUUUUGAUGACCUCCCAGUUGUGAAUUUGUCGUUGUGAAAUUCAGAUUUUUUUUUUUUUUCAGCAUGAUUUUGGUCCAGUAGCUUGUCUCCUGUCUAGUAUUAGACUUUUUCAGCAGUUUCUACAAUGCUCAGGAUGCUAUGCUAGCUUUUUGGAUAUUCCACUAAGUGCUCAAGGCAUUACAUUUAAAUGGGUAGCAUUAUUGGAGUUACUUAUCCAAGUUCAAUUUCAGUCUCAGUCAGACUGGUACAUAUAGACUACAGGAGCAUUCAACCAAAUACAUUACUCCCUACCAGCUGGCAUUUAUUACAAAUCCAGAAAUGACAGUAGACACAUUUUGCUUUGGAGAAAACAGAAAUUCUUGAAGAAUCCUGGAGACAUUUAUUGUUUGACUUCCAACAGUCAUUUUUGAUGUGGUAAAAGCUUAAUUCAAAGGUAAUAGAUCGAGGACAGUGCAUACUUUAUUUUGUGACUGCAUGACCUUAGAAGACAUUUUUUGUGACGUCCUUGUCUCUGUAUGUGUGUGUGCGUGUGUGUGUGGUCUCCUUGUCUGCUGUGACCUCAUCAUUCCUCCUAGUGGCCUUAAUGAUAACGACAUAUUACUGCUGAGCCGCCGAUCAUAUGAAAGCCAUCCCAGCAGGGUAUGCACAAAUAUCCAUAUUUGAAUUUCAAACCAAAAAACGUGUGUGUUGCAUAAAUUUGAUUAUGUUUAUUGAAACAGAAAUUUGCACAAAAUGCAUUUUUUAUUCUGAUUUGUGAAUGAAUGUUUCUAACACCACUCCUGUAUUUUAUUAUUAAAGAUCCUCUGAGAAAUGA